AUGAGGCUUCUGUGGAGGGGCGGCUCCUGUGGAGGGGCUAUGAUUAUGCCUUCACCCCCCUCCCUCAGCAGGGUUUGGAUGGUGGUGGUGGUCAUAUGGCUCCCUGGUGCUCUGGAGAAGUGUAUCUUUGAUGAGGUUCAGCAGUCAGUCACAGUGGUCACCACACCCGCUGAUCAACAUGGACCUCACCCUAAGACGACGGCCAGUGCCAAUAUUGAGCAACAGACUCCACUUACUGCUUCAGAGGACACAGCUAAUUCUGUUCAAAUUCCUUCAUUUGCACCUCAACUUUCUUCACCCCAGAGACAUCACAGGAAGCACAUAAGAGAGCUGGCUCCACCCACAAACCCUCCACAGCCAAUCAGGAUCCACACCUGGGUUCCGAAGGAGAGCCCCGCCCUGUCUCAGGUGGAGAGCGAGAGACUGGAGCCAGCAGUCAGGGAGGCUGUGGACAUCGUGUCCAGCUUGCUGUCAGGUAGGAGAGGAGAGUGUCUGUCUGUGCUGUGUGUUUGAGUGGUUCUAUACUGAACAAAAAUAUCAACGCAACAUGCAACAAUUUCAAAGACUUUACUGAGUUACAGUUCGUAUAAGGAAAUCAGUCAAUUGAAAUAAAUACAUUUGGCCCUAAUCUAUGGAUUUCACAUGACUGGGAAUAUAGAUAUGCAUCUGUUGGUCACAGAUACCUUUUUUAAAAAGGUAGGGGCAUGGAUCAGAAAACCAGUCAGUAUCUGGUGUGACCACCAUUUGCCUGAUGCAGCGUGACACAUCUCCUUCGCAUAGAGUUGAUCAGGCUGUUUAUUGUGGCCUGUGGAAUGUUGUCCCACUCCUCUUCAAUGGCUUUGCGAAGUUGCUGGAUAUUGGCGGGAACUGGAACACGUCGAUCCAGAGCAUCCCAAACAUGCUCAAUGGGUGACAUGUCUGGUCAGUAUGCAGGCCAUGGAAGAACUGGGACAUUUUCAGCUUCCAGGAAUUGUGUACAGAUCCUUGCGACAUGGGGCGUGCAUUAUCAUGCUGAAACUUGAGGUGAUGGCGGCGGGUGAAUGGCACGACAAUGGGCCUCAGGAUCUCUUCACUGUAUCUCUGUGCAUUCAAAUUCCCAUAGAUAAAAUGCAAUUGUGUUCAUUGUCCGUAGCUUAUGCCUGGCCCCAUAACCCAACUGCCACCAUGGGGCACUCUUGUUCACAACGUAGACAUCAGCAAACCACUCGCCCACACGAUGCCAUACACGUGGUCUGCGGUUGUGAGGCCGGUUGGACCAACUGCCAAAUUCUCUAAAACGACAUUGGAGGCGGCUUAUGGUAGAGAAAUGAACAUUCAACAGCUCUGGUGGACAUUCCUACAAUCAGCAUGCCAAAUGCAUGCUCCCUCAAAACUUGAGACAUUGAGACAUCUGUGGCAUUGGGUUGUGUGACAAAACUGCACAUUUUGGAGUGGACUUUUAUUGUCCCCAGCACAAGGUGCACCUGUGUAAUGAUCAUGCUGUUUAAACAGUUUCUUGAUAUGCCACACCUGUCAGGUGGAUGGAUUAUCUUGGCAAAGGAGAAAUGCUCACUAACAAGGAUGUAAAGAAAUUUGUGCGCAACAUUUGAAAGAAAUAUGCUUUUUGUCCGUACAGAAAAUGUCUAGGAUAUUUUAUUUCAGCUCAUGAAACAUGGGACCAACACUUUACAUGUUGCAUUUAUAUUUUUGUUCAGUGUAUCUACUGUGUGUGGAUGUUUGUCAGUAGGAACAUUAUUGUGUGUGCCUUUGGACUGCAUGUUGUAAUCAUGUGGGGAUCACUAAGUGUUUCACUGAUAAUUUAAUACCUGCUGUCCCUACAGUAAACAGAGUCACUGGUCAUCUGCUGCUCAGCAGAGACAUCAACAAGUACUGCAAAUUCAUAUGGAGGAACGCCAUUGCUGCCAACUAUAACAAGUCUGUGUGUUACAACUGUAUGCCUAGCUAUAUGUGCAUAUUUGUCCAUUUCUUUACAUAGUAAAAUACCAUCUCUGUUUAUACAGUAUGUUUCUCUUGUCUAAGACUUUCUGAUACAGUAAAUAGGAUUUUCUACUGUUAUAGGUCAGUGAAUGAUUUCAACCAAUCAAAGAUUUCCAUUUCCACAGGUGUGGCCGAGCCAAUGAGAAGUACAGGACAGAGACCUGUCUGGAUGUCAUUGUGAGUAGCAGCAUCUGCACUCUCUCUCAUAUCACACAGACAGAGAUGCUGUAUUAUUAUUAGUCCUUUGAUGGAAAUCAUGACCUGCCAGUGAGGAUGCACCAUCUCAUCUCCCUACCCACUGUUGAUUGACAGAUCCCAGAUGAUCACCUGAGUGGUUGUUCCGUGUACUCAGAGCAUGAUGCACCAACCAUGACUGUGAUAAGGCCUGAGGGGGCGGGACUUCCUGACACUGACUUCCUACUUUACCUCCACACACAGAGCACUGACAAGUGUCGAGCAGAGGUGAGGAGUCACAGUGGAGUCAAUGUUAUGUUCACUGUAAAUCAACUUAGUUUGUGACUGUCAAUGUAGCUCUGGUUGUCCUUAGGUACAGAUCUAAGAACAGCAGAUACCCUUACCAGCAUACCCUCACCAAUAAAAAAGCAAUACGAUCAGUAAUGAACUCAGGUCAUAAAGUAUGUUGACUGUCAAUGUAUCACUCUUUCCUCUUCACUAUUCAUAUAUCCCAGCCCAGUGUGUUGGCCUAUGCAGUGCACUGCCAAACUGACUCCCAGGGUCGACCUCUGGCUGGUGUGGUGGUAAUCUGUAGGGACAGACUGACUGGGGAGGCAUACAGCCACCAAGGCACUGUGCAGGUAAAAUAAUAGUGUGUGUGUGUGUGUGUGUGUGUGUGUGUGUGUGUGUGUGUGUGUGUGUGUGUGUGUGUGUGUGUGUGUGUGUGUGUGUGUGUGUGUGUGUGUGUAAUAAUUAGCGUCUCCUUUCCUUCUUUUCUCCAGACAGUGAUCCAUGAGUUGUUCCAUGCAUUGGGUUUCUCCAAAGAACUCUUCAGCACCUGGAGAGACUGCUCCUACUCACAACGUCAGUAACCUUGCUUGUGUUAUCAUUUGGUAUAUUACAUUUGUAUUAUAAGGCUAUCUUUUAUUGUGUUACUUUAUGGUGUGUUUUUGUGCAAUCUUUUGGUCAUGGGUAGACUUAUUUAAUUUGUAUUUCUCUGCUGUGGGUUCUUUGUUGUGUGAUUGAGUUAUACUCGGUUGUGUUGUGUGGUUGUUGUGUGGGUAUGUGAUCCUGUGUUGUGUUACUGUGUUGUGUAGCUGGGAUGGGCUGCCCCCCCCGGGGUCAGGUGACUAACACAGAUGAGACGGGUCAGGUGAGGAUCUACACCCAAUCAGUGAUCAGAGCCCUGCAGGACCACCUGUUAUCUACUGACCCUGAGCUGGGAGGACCACUGGAGAACCUGGUACGGACCCUGCCAUGAGCCAUUAGCACACAUUAUAUAGUAGUGCAAAAAGGUUGGCACUGUAGUCACACUCAUGAAAUACUGGACUCUCCCACUUUAUUCAUAUCAGAGUCGUUCCCAAUAUGUUUGUGGUCUUAUAUUGUACUUGACCUUUCUCUCUCUACCUCGUUACCUGUAACUCCUUUCUCACACUUCUCUCUCAAUCUCUCUCUUUCUCUCCCCUAACUCUUUAACAAUUACUCUCCCCCUCUGUCUCUCUCUCUCUCUCCUUCUCCUCUCCCCAUCUCCCAGGAUGUUGGUUCUAGUGGUCUGUCCUCUCACUGGGAGUCCAGGGUGCUACAGGGCUCCAUCAUGGCUGCAGCCCUGGGGGACCCAGCUGUGGUGCGUGUCGACCCGGUCACUCUGGCCGCCCUACAGGACACGGGCUGGUACUCUGUCAACCACAGCCGAGCACAGAGCCUGGUGUGGGGAAAGGGUAAGGGACAGCCACAUGGUCUUUGUGCCGGUCCAUUGAGACGGAUAUCACUUUUCAUAAAUGAACCAAACAGAUAUAGUGGUUAGAAAGAAUAUCUGUCAAAGAUAAAGAGUGGAAGAGAGGAAUAUCGUGUGGUAUGAGUGAUUCUAUGUGUACCUGCUUAAUGUCCAUAGUGAGAUAUUGUUUGUGUGUCUUGCGUAGGUGAGGGAGCAAUGUUUGGCUUGCUGUCCACCUGCCAUGACAACUCCUCCUCAUUUUUCUGCAUGGGCAGGUAUUGCUAUUAUUUUAUAUGAAUAUCCCACACUUAACCAUAACAUUAUUUUACAAAUAAAAAAAAAGAAAAUCCCAUUCUCCAACGUUGUCUAAAGCUGUCCAGUUCCUCUACCUCACUCUCUGUUUGACUUGUGUUCUCCGUUGCUCAGUGGUUUAGGGUGUCAUUAUCUUCACCACCACAAGGGGGUGUGUCAGACUGACCCUCACCUGGAUGGGUGCCGCAUUUAUAAACCUCUAAUGGUGGGUCUUCUGCUCUCAUUCACUUCAGUUUGACCGUUUCCCUGAACUCUAUUCUCCAUGACAAAACAGUAUUUCAAACACUCUUCCUCGUCUUCACCUUCUCUCCAUAUUUACACUUCUCUCUCCUCUUCCUUUACUCCUCUCUCUGUGUUUUCCUAAGAGUGAGUGCUGGAAAGAGGAGAAUGAGAGAGGGACUGAAACAGAGUGGAGUGGAGAGUUGUACCGUAUAGACAGCCGAUGCUUCUUCUCUAACCUGAGCAGAGAGGUCAGUGUGUGUGCAUUGAUACAGCAUAUAUUUGUGAAAAAGUGUAUGAAAGUGACACAUACCCAUUUAUUUUAUUUUCUCUCCAUCGCCUCUCUCUGUCAGAAUGUCUCCCUGUCUGUCAGUGACUCUGUGGUGGGGCCGUUGUUAUAGACGCAGGUGUACUGGGCUGAACAGAUAUCAGAUACAGGUGUCUGGCUCUGACUGGAUGGACUGCCCAGUAGGAAGCGCCAUUGAGGUAACUUUGGAGCAUACACCGAUUUUGCCAUUUUGACCAUUAGAUUCUACUACGAUUUGACAUGAUUUCUCCUUCAUUCAUUCAUCCAGGUGACAGGAUACAGGGGGUUAGUUGCAUGUCCUGACAAGAGGUUGUGUUAUUACCCUGACAUUGGUCUCUCCAUCAACAACCAGGCCCCCCACUCUCCAGCUGCAUCUACUAAAGGCACAGUGACUACUGAGAAGUGAGUAUGGCCGAGUAGGAAGUAUUUCAGUAUGUUUGGUAUGGCACAAUAUGAACUUGUAAUUCUGUUACUUUAUCAAGUGGUCUUUCACUUUCUCAGAGAGCAAUACAUUACUUCCUUAUCAGUAUAAAUAAAUGGUUUAUUUUCUUGUCUUCUCUCCCUCAGCGAUCCCCUGUUACAUCAGAACACAACCCCUGACCCGAGCCUGACCUUUGACCCUGCCCCUACCUGUGCAGUACCAGGGGUCAGUACAGACCCCACGUUGGCUGCAGUCCUGGGGGUCAGUGCUGCUGUCUGUCUCUUAGCUGCCCUGAUGGUGAUCUACAGGAGGUACCGCUCCUCCAGAGUCAGGGUUCAUGUUGCCCCUGAGGCCCCCAGUGUUCUGCAGUUGCACUCGACCCAAAAUGAUUCAAAUGACUGCUGA